UAGACUUACCUCCACUGCAAGAGAAACGCUAUUCCAACAUACCAAAAAGCCAAUUCCAGUUUACUUGAAGUCCUCUUAGCACGAAAACCCCAUCAUGGCUUCAGCUGCCCCUAUAAUCCGGCGGGCACUGAUGUACGUCCCAGCAUCCUCGCAGAAGAUGCUCUCCAAGGCCGCCUCCCUUAAGGUCGACACCAUAGCCUACGACCUCGAAGACUCCGUCGCGCCCGCUCAGAAAACUUCCGCACGCCACGCCCUUCGCCCCAUCCUCUCUCAACCACGUCCCCCCAACAUCAGAGAAACCUGCGUUAGGAUCAAUAGCGUAGAUAGCGGCCUCGCCCUCGAAGAUCUCACCGAAGUCCUCAAAGGCGAACACCUCGACGCCAUCAUGCUACCAAAAUGCCAAUCGGCGGCAGACCUCCACUUCGUCACCGACGUAAUCCGACAUCUCCUCCCAGAUAGACACCCCUCGUCCCCUUCCUCCUCCACACCUCCGAACUCGAAACCCCCGAUUCGCAUAAUUGCGCUCAUAGAAUCCGCCCUCGCAGUUCAAAACCUGCCCUCCAUAACGCAAGCGUCGCCCUACCUCUCCGGCCUGGUCUUCGCAGCAGAGGACUUUGCGCUCGACUUGUCGCUCACGCGAACCCCGUCCUUGACCGAAUUCCUCUACGCAAGAAGCGCCAUCGCGACGGCGGCGCGCGCAGCCAAUUUGCCGUCGACCAUCGACCUCGUGUGUACUGCGUACAAAGGACCUCAGGGGCUCGCGAGGCUGGAGGAAGAGUGCCGCAAUGGCAAGGGGAUGGGAUUCAAUGGGAAGCAGUGUAUCCACCCGAGUCAGAUCGAGGUGUGUCAGCGGGUGUUUUCGCCGGGGGAAGAGGAAGUCGAGUGGGCUGUUCGGGUGGUGGUUGGGGACCGGAAUGCGCAGGCGAUGGGGCGGGGCGCGUGGACGCUGGAUGGGAAGAUGAUUGAUAGGCCGGUGGUAGGAAGGUGUGAGGCCAUUCUGACGAGGGCGGAGAUGUGUGGGGUGGAUGUUGAGCGUGUGAGGGAGAAGUGGAAGGGGCAGGAGCCUGAGUAAGGGAGGAUGAGGAAGGAUUGAGCUGGUAUAGCGGUUUGCAUGGUGCGUUGCAUACUCUCGCAUUUCUCAUGGAUGUGUUCUAUCCUCCUCCUGGGGAGCAUGUGGCAAUUCUGUCUUUCAGUCAUGGAUACGUACAGAUGCUGCUUGUGUCUCGCUCAAAUCAGUCAUCCUUGCGGCUCGAGAAUGCCUUGUACAUAGUAGACGUCACAUGCAUUGGUUGACGAGAAACUCCAUCUUGGUUGUGAGCAUAAUGCGUACUACAUCAGGUCGUAUACUGGCCACGCUAAACACCCGACUCAAGACACGGUGCGUAUAGAGGAAUGCUCGCAGGGAAUUUUUUUCUCCUCGUAUCUUACAAUGGGUUCUCUGUAUCGAUCUGUGCUUCAUCGUACAGUAGGAAAAAGGGUUGUCUGGCGGAGGUGGUUGCUGCAUGCAAGCUGUAAGAAGU